GAAAAUAUGUGAACCUCUCUCUUCCUUCCUUUCCUUUUCCUUUUUCUCCUUUUCUCAGGCUCAUUUUUCUUCUUAACUACUAGAUCUCUCUUUUGUGUCAUCUCAUUCUUUCAUCUUCUUCUUCUUAUUCUAUUCUCUUCGGCUAUCUUGCGGCUCUGACCAGCUCCCGAGUUGUUCGUUCUGGUUAAUGGAUAUUGAACCCUCUUGGGAUCUUGGGGGGUGGGUUAUUUCUUUUUCUAAAUUGCAUGGCAACAUCAAAUGACCAAACCAAUACUCGAUCAUCACAUUCUCAUACUCUUCUUCUCGUCAUAUUCUUAUCUUUCAUUCUCUUCAUCAACCUUACAAUCCCUAUGACUCAUAACCAGUCCACAUCAACGGUUGCUCUUUUUAAGAGGAUUCUUCUCGAACCUUCGGUUCCAGCUUCAUCAACAAUGGAUCUGCAUCCAAAGGCUCGCACACGUCACAGCCACACUUCUAGACGGAGAGAGUUUGCAAAUGAUGCUCAUGAAGUUCCUAGUGGUCCAAACCCUAUUUCCAACUAGGUGAGUUGGCGUAUCUUGUUUUACCCGUGAGUUUCAACGAUAAGCUAUUAUAGAUCAAUAUAAUAUCAUAUGGGUGAAAGCUUCUUAUCGAUGGAAACUGGAGAAGAACUUAAUUGUUAUGGAUUUGAAAUAUAUCUUUUGAUGGAUUGGUAGUUUGGUACCCUUCAUUUCCUUCUUAAAUCUUUUGUCCAUUUAUAUUGCUUCCUCCAUAUUUUAAGUUCUGAAUAGAGUUGUAAAGAAGAGAUACUAUUAUUCGUUAAUCGUUUACAUUAUGUACCUAUGUUGAUCCUUCACAAACUAGUAGGAGCAUAUAGAUCCUUGAUCCAUUCGGUUUAUUUAAUGAUAGUUUAAUUAUUUGGAGCAUUAACCGAAAGACCCUAGCUAUUUGUACAAUAGUGAAUGACAAUACUUGUUAGAUCUCUUUCCUCCAUACAAAACGUCUCUUUUCUAAAUAAAAUUCUGAAAGGGAAAUGCAAAUCAGCUAUAUCCGAUAUCAACUUUUUCAAAAACAAUAUCCGAUAUCAACUAUCGAAAGCGAUAUUUUUUUCACUACAGGGAAGAGUAUAGUGAUAAUCUUUAGAUGAAAAUAUGAUAAUACUUUAGGUUACUAUCGACCCUCAGACGUUCAUACCCAACCGUAGGCUAUACCAUUCGAGACAGAGGUUGAACGACAAGAGACUGUAGAGGAGACGAAGAAAAUUUAGUAACAAGAAUCGGUUCCUACAUAGCUUUUUGUCUUAUCAAAGCACAUUGUUUUAGAAAAAAAUAGUUGAAAAGAAAAAGUGAUGAUUUGAUAAUUACAAUCGUAUCAUUUACCUUGUUGUUGAAUUAUAUGCCAUCAAUCAUUUGCUUUAUGAUGUUCCACUUUUCUUCUUUUUUA